AUGAAAUGGGAACCUCCAGAAGACGUAAAUGAAGUCCAAUCUAUUCUCGUUUCACUGCCUCCUAUCAAUCUCAUGAACGGCCCCAUCCCAUGGGAUCAGCUUGAUGGCCACUUCAACAUGUCGGGAGUGGGCACAUAUACGACAAUGUUCGAAUGGGUUCAUGGUGUCGAUGGUGGGGUUGGUGUCAAGUUGGACUUCGGAGUUGUAGUUCAUACACUGAAGGCCUGGUUGAACAGAGUCCAAAUCACGACAGCAGAUCCAACACGUCCGGUUGUGGACAUUUCAGAUAGGGAACUAAUACUUUGCGAGUCUAAAGGCUAA